AUGCUGGACAACUUUCGCAGCAAUGUCUGGGCGCAGCUCAAGGCUAUCAAGCCCGCCUUUGUGUCCAAGAACCCCCACUUCAACUUCAUCACCACACACUACUUUUGGAUCGUUGGCGCUACCAUUAUCGGCUCAAUAUGCAUCUACGCUGGUGGCAAAGGCCAUCUAGCUUAUAUUGACGCCCUGCUUUUUGCCAGCGGCGCAAACACACAAGCCGGUCUGAAUCCAGUGGACGUAAACCUUCUCACCACCUUUCAACAGGUCGUCAUAUACGUCCUCGUCAUGAUGUCCAACCCAAUCACACUUCACGGAUCAGUCGUCUUUUUGCGCAUUUACUGGUUCGAGAAGCGUUUUCAAGGGUGGGUCCGUGAGGUUCGCAGCCGACGUCCCAAUCUGACCAAGUCAAAAUCCCAAGCUGCCAAUGAGGUGCACAGAGCCGAAGAGGGUGUCAAUGGCCGUCAUAUUACUGUGGUGCCAGCCAAUGGCAAGGCUCAGCGGAUGACCAAUGAUGGUAUUCUCAUUGACAGCGCAAGCAUUGCGCUUCCCGAUCCUGCUCAUCGCGGCAACGAGGAUAGUAGUACUACUACCACCGCAACUGACAGUCCAAUUACAGCUACGCCAGGCUACUCGCAUCAUACCCAAGAUAGUGACGAUGGAUUGCCGUCAACGCAUGGAACUGCCACUCCUGUUGCGGAGCUGCAUGCUCGUGCUGACAGCGCGGGAGAGCACACGCAUGGCCCCACAGCCAUCACCUUUGCUGAUACUGUCAAAAGAAGUGAUGGUCUAGAAGAAGACGCCACAGCGUUCACUCAGAGACGUCCCAACGCCCAGCACAUUGCCAUUCUGGAGCGGCAGCGCAACGAGGAUGACAACGAUGUUCUUCGUAUUCCUGGUCCUCGUGACAUUGAACGAGGACAGGUGCCCACUCGUUUGGAGGAAUUCGAACGUGACGAAAAUCUGGGUUCUCGGGCCACUCGAGUAAACAGCAAUUCCAAUUCAAAACCAUCUCAAGCCGAAGGAUCAUAUCAGGGUCUUCGCGGCCGCCAUCCAACCAUCACCAUUGCAGAGCCUGAACGACGACCUCAAGAGGAGUUGUCGGACGAUGUCAAGGCAUUCACGGGCGCUCUCGACGCUUUCCGCUUUAGAAAGCCACGCAUCUUCAAUAGAAGCGGACAAAGCACACAUCACGAAGGCGAACAAGAACAACCGCCCAGACCUACACGCACUUGGACGCUGGAACGCAUUCGAUCAGCUUUGCACCGCGAUUCGGGCAAGGUUGAAGACAUGCCAUAUCUCAGUUACACCCCAACCAUGGCCAGAAACUCCAACUUUGUCGGCCUUACGCUUGAGCAGCGUGAAGAGCUGGGAGGUAUCGAAUACCGCUCCUUACGAACUCUUGCUUUUGUUCUUCUCGGGUACUUUUGGGGCUUUCAACUUUUCGGUCUUGUGACACUGCUACCCUUUAUUCUGCACAACGAGUACUAUGGCAAAAUUGUUGAGGGCAAUGGCAUUUCCAGAAUCUGGUGGGGCUUCUUCACUCCCAAUGUCAGCUUUAUGGAUGUUGGCUUUACCUUGACACCUGACAGCAUGAACUCUUUCGUCAAGUCCGAGUAUGUUUUGAUGAUUAUGUGUUUUCUCAUCAUUCUCGGCAACACUGGCUUUCCCAUCAUGCUGCGCUUCAUCAUUUGGGUGCUCACAAAGAUUGUCCCGAGACGCUCCGGCCUUUGGGAGGAGCUCAAGUUCCUUCUGGACCAUCCUCGUCGGUGCUUCACUCUUCUUUUCCCGUCCGGACCAAAUUGGUGGCUAUUUUGGAUUCUCAUUUCGCUCAACGCAAUAGACUUGCUCUUCUUCAUUGUCUUGGAUCUGGGCAAGGAGCCCAUCAGCCAGCUGCCUCUUCACAACAGGGUCGUCGUUGGACUUUUUCAAGCUGCCUCAACGAGAACUGCAGGCUUUUCAGCUGUCAGUCUAGCUGAGCUCCAUCCGGCCAUGCCUGUCAUGUACAUGAUCAUGAUGUAUAUUUCCGUCUUUCCCAUCGCCAUCUCCAUUCGCCGAACCAACGUAUACGAAGAAAAGUCUCUGGGUGUAUACGACAACAAUGAAGGCGCGGAGCAGGAAGCGAGCGCUCUCUCUUAUGUUGGCACCCAUUUACGCCGACAGCUCUCUUUCGAUCUGUGGUUUGUCUUCCUGGGCUUCUUCAUUCUCUGCAUCUCGGAGGGUUCGAAAAUUCAAGCCAAGCGCUUUGACGUGUUUUCGGUCUUGUUUGAAGUUGUCAGUGCCUACGGCACUGUUGGUUUGAGUAUGGGUGCUGUAGGCGUCAACGCGUCUCUAUGCAGUCAGUUCUCCGUCGUUGGCAAGCUCAUCAUCGCUGCUUUGCAGAUUCGUGGUCGUCACCGUGGUUUGCCGUAUGGCCUGGACAAGGCUGUGCUUCUCCCUAGCGAGGCGCGCUUCAAGAAGGAGGCUGAGGAAGCGGAAGCAGUUCUGGCACGUAUGGGCACAGCGCCCUCAGCGACAACUACAGGACUUCAGAGACUACCAAGUGUUGCGCGCGGGCGCACCAUGAGCAGAGGUAGAGACUCCAACAUCAUUGCCAAGUUCUUACACCCCGGUCCCGUGGUCCAACGUGACCCCGGUCCUGCGCGACAGCGAAGUCGAUCCAACGAGUCUCACGCGCUGACUUUGGAGCGCAAUCGCACAUACACAGCGCCACAGGCAGACACGGAAGAGGCGCUGGAGCGAAUGGCCAGUGGCCAAUCGUCGAAGCAAAUGCAGCCAAUGCGCGCUGAAACGAGUCAGCGUACUCCUUGGAGGCCAUAG